CCCUUUGCAUCAAAAUACUAUAUGAAGAGACACACACUAGUUCAUACAGAAAUGAGACCUUAUAAGUGCUGUACAUGUGGAAAAUCCUUUAAAGACAAAGGCAAUAUGAAGAUACAUUCAUUGUUUCAUACAGAUGAGAGACCUUUUAAGUGCUCUACUUGUGGAAAAUCCUUUACAUCCAAAGGCGAUAUAAGGAAACAUGUAUGGUUUCAUACAGAUGAGAGACCUUUUAAGUGCUCUACAUGUGGAAAAUCCUUUACAACCAAAGUUAGUAUGAAGAAUCAUUCAUUAGUUCAUACAGAAGACAGACCUUACAAGUGCUCUACAUGUGAAAAAUACUUUAAAUCCAAAGGCGAUAUGGUGAGACAUUCAUUGGUUCAUACAGGAGAUAGACCUUACAAGUGUUCUACAUGCGAAAAAUCCUUUACAUCCAAAAGCGAUAUGGAGAGACAUUCAUUGGUUCAUACAGGAGAGAGACCUUACAAGUGCUCUACAUGUGAAAAAUCCUUUACAACCAAAGUUAGUAUGAAGAAUCAUUCAUUAGUUCAUACAGAAGAGAAACCUUACGAGUGCUCUACAUGUGGAAAAUCCUAUAAAACCAAAAUUCAUAUGAAAAAACAUUCAUUGGUUCAUACAGGAGAGAGACCUUACAGGUGCUCUACAUGUGGAAAAUCCUAUAAAACCAAACCUCAUAUGAUAAAACAUUCGGUGGUGCAUACAGAAGAGAGGCCUUACAAGUGCUCUACAUGUGAAAAAUGCUUUAAAUCCAAAGGCGAUAUGGAGAGACAUUCAUUGUUUCAUACAGGAGAGAGACCUUACAAGUGCUCUACAUGUGGAAAAUCCUAUAAAACCAAAACUCAUAUGAUAAAACAUUCAUUGGUUCAUACAAGAGAGAAACCUUACAAGUGCUCUACAUGCGAAAAAUCCUAUAAAUCCAAAGGCGAUAUGAAGAAACAUUCAUUGGUUCAUACAGGAGAGAAACCUUACAAGUGCUCUACAUGUGAAAAAUCCUUUACAUCCAAAGGCUAUUUGAAGAAACAUUUAUUGGUUCAUACAGGAGAGAAACCUUACAAGUGCUCUACAUGCGAAAAAUCCUUUACAUAA